CGGGACCUCGCGGUGCCCCACCUCGAGUGCCGCGACAUCAACGGCGUCGACUUCGUCGCGCUCAAGGACGCGGGGUUCAAGGCGGUGGUCUUCGACAAGGACAACACCCUGACGCGCCCGUACGAGAAAAAGGUGGCGGCGGACGUGGCGGCGGCGUUGGAGACGUGCGUGCGGGCGUUCGGCAUCGACAACGUGGCGGUGCUCUCAAACUCCGCAGGGCUGGCGCAGUUCGAUCCAGAGGGGAAAGUCGCGGACGAGAUGGAACGCGCGCUCGGGAUAUCGUUCCUGCGGCACUCGAGCAAAAAACCCGCGGGCAACUGCGACGCGCUGGUGCGCAAGUUCGGAUGCGACGCGAAUGAGAUGAUAUUCGUCGGGGACAGGUACCUGACGGACGUCGUGUACGGGAACAGGCACGGGAUGUUCACCGUCCGGGUGGAGCCGUUCACGGAGGAGGGGGAGUCGAGCUCGAUCAGGCUCGCGAAGAAGAUCGAG